AUGGACUUCACCAUGGCCAAGAGGCUGCCCCUGCUCCUGCGGCAGUCAAGGGCAGGUAUAAAAGGCAGCACAAAUCUCUGCUCUCUCAUCCACUUCUCUUGCUUCCUUCUGCUUGGGAACAAGGUGCAUUUCCAGCCUCAAGACAUGUCCUGCAACACCCAGUGCCGUCCCUGCCAGCCCUGUGGCCCCACUCCACUGGCCAACAGCUGCAACGAGCCCUGUGUGAGGCAGUGCCAAAACUCCACUGUUGUCAUUGAGCCGCCUGCUGUGGUGGUGACCCUGCCUGGGCCUAUCCUCAGCUCCUUCCCCCAGAACACUGUGGUGGGAUCCUCCACCUCUGCUGCUGUUGGCAACAUCCUCAGCUCUGACGGAGUGCCCAUCAGCUCUGGGGGCUUUGACAUCUCCUCCAUCACCAGGCGCUAUGGUGGCAACAGAUGUCGUCCCUGCUAAAGAUGCUGAGAGAGCCCCAACAAGACAUCCCGAGGAACUCAGAACACAGUGUUGGGCAGAGGAUCUAGGUUUUGAGUGCUGUUUACACCAUAGCUGACCGAACUUGCCUUUCUCUCCCUUUUCAAUGUUUGCAUUGGUUCCUAUGUGCUUCUACGUUCCCCAAAGGCCAGCUUGAUAGGGACCGUUUGGUUUCUCCCCUUUGUGGGACAAGUAGGCCAACAUUAUGCAGGAACUAUUCCAGAGCCAAUGAGUGCAGACUCUCUGCUGCCCUUGGUGCUGCCUGCGUUGCUGACCUCCGCUUUCAGCGGCUUUGUUUCCUUCUUUCAUUUCAUUAAAGUUCUGUUGCAUUC